AGGUGUUCUCCUUGUGGUCCCAUGGUUUGCUACAAAUAUGAAGACUGUGGUCCUCCGAAAGGCAAACCUUUGAACAAUGGUCCUGGUCAGCAAAUGGUGGAGGACGGCGAGCAAAAAAAAAGUGAAACGGAAAAUCAGUUGAAGCGAACCAAGAGUCGUGAGUUGCGUGGUGGCAUCAUGUACUACAGUUGUCAUUGCAUCAAGCGAAAUGGGCUUCAGCACGACUGUCGCCGCACUGGAUGUGGCGGCGAGCCUGCCUGUCUUGUCUUGCCCGACCCAUUGUGCGCGCCUAGCCAAUUGGCUCGUGCUCGUGGCCUCGCCGAUCCCGCUGUUCUCGCAGCCCACACUAAUCCUCAAGGCAGUAGUGGCUCAGGUGGACCGACAAGCUCCGGUUCCCGUGGAAAACGUUUUAUUGUCUGCGAAUUGAAGGGUAUCAUUCCCGACGCAGGUGUGGAUAGAAACGACGGGAAAUGCUGUAAGUGCCCAAACAUAUUUGUACCUACCCAAGCCCCCAUAAGUAGUGGAAUGAAACCUCAUACAUGCAUAUGUACUGGUGGCGCAGCUGCAGCACCUAAAAUCGUUCCACCUUCUGGUGAAAUGAAAUCUAAUUCAUGUAAAUGUACCUGUGGUAAGGGUGCAGCACCGAAACAUAAUGAACAAAUACAAGCCCCUUUUGCUGGAGUGAAACCGUAUGCAUGCAUUUGUCCCGGAGGUGUGGUUAAACCUUUACCAAUUCCGCCAAAUACUCCAACCACAUCUUCAUGUCCUUGCAAAUGUAAGUCUGGUUCUGGGUCACAAAAAAUGCAAUCGAUAUAUGACGUAGAUGAAAAUACACUUAACCAAAUAUUACAAAGGUUUGAAUCUAAAGAAUUGAAAGUAAAUGAUAAAAAGGUAGCAGGAUCGAGUGGUCGACAACGCGAUCGCGAUAUCACGAAAUCUACUACUAAAGAAGAGUGUACUAGACCUGGGUGUGUACACUGGCAACCACCGCCGCCCUGCGUGUGGGACCUUCCGUGCAAAGCUGACUGUUUUGAGACUCCGGCUUCAGCGCAGCCGGGCCGCAACCCACUGAGGGGCGGCGGUGGCGGUUGCUUUAUUAGUAGUGUGAAAGGACCUACUGGGCGAGACUUGGUGUCACAAGGCACACAGAAACACCGCGAUGUAAUGAAAAUCUUGACACCCGAAUGUUGUACAGGUUGCUCUGCGCCAAGAGACGGAGGCGCCAUGGCGAGUGGUGGCCCGGCAGUAGCUGGCUUGCCUAUGUUGGUGAUGAAGCUCUGCUGA